GGACCGACCACGCUCAGGCUGAGCGGCUGAAGCUGUCGGCUUUCCUCAACGCGAUGAGCAACCUCGAGAAGACUUUGUUCCAGCUCAAGUUCACGGCGAAGACGCUGAAUCGUCAAGCAAAGAAGGCGGCCAAGGAUGAGGGGACAGAGAAGGCGCGCCUCAAGAAGGCGCUUAUGCAAGGUAAUAAUGAUGGUGCUCGUAUCUACGCCUCCAAUGCCAUCCGCAAGAAGUCAGAAUCACUCAACCUCCUCCGACUGGCAAGUCGGCUUGACGCCGUAGCCAGCCGCGUAGAGACCGCGGUGACAAUGCGUCAGAUCUCUGGGAACAUGCGCCAGGUCGUAGGCGGCAUGGACAAAGCGAUGGAGAGCAUGAACCUCGAGAGGAUAUCUCAGAUCAUGGACAAGUUCGAAUCACAAUUCGCUGAUCUGGACGUGCAAACGUCAUACAUGGAAGAUACCAUGUCAUCUGCGACGGCGGUAUCAACACCACAAGAUCAGAUCGAUCAAUUACUCAAGCAAACUGCGGAAGAGGCCAACAUCGAAUUGCAGCACGACCUCCAAAGCGAGGUUCCUGACGCUCUUAAGGAGGUACAAAAGACUCCGAUCCGCGAAGAAGACGACAAACUUGCUGAACGGCUGCGCGCUUUACGGCCGGCUACGUGACGGAGACUUGGGUUGUGGACCAGAGAUCUUGCCAAGUCUGAUGGAGUGCGCGUGUUGUUUCGUGGCUCAUGUAAUCUAAUGUACCGCAACGGACACAUGUAUUCUAAUAAAUGAGGAGGCGAGUUUGAUGAGGCAGCCAUCGCAAUUGUUAAAUAUCA